GUAAUCUUUGUGUCAAGGAAUGUUUGUUCAAACAUCACCCCACAAUACGGUCGAGUGAAGGGACGAGUUUUGUUCAAGGUCCAUGCAGCGCUCAUUGACCCAAACACCCUAGAAGCACCAGAAACUUUCCAAAUGGCUCACAGAAUUCCUCGAGAUCAGAUCACAGGAACUGGAGACCUUGCUAAAUUGGUCGAAAACGAAAUACUUCAAACAGAUCUUGAAGCCCAGAAUGAUCUGGGACAUUGGAAUCAAGACCAGAAUUUGCAUGGAAAUCCCAUUAAUGUUGCAGCCUUACCCCAGCAGGUGCCCAUUCAAAGAAGUACCAGUACACCUAUUCGAAAUAGAAAUAUUGAGGCAUCGUCUCCCCAGCAAGAACCUAUACCUAAAAAUGCUUCUGCCCAAGAUGACCGCAGACCAGGUGGUCACCCCAUGUUUGGUUCAGUCAGACCCCAAGUGAGGGAAAACAACCAUCAGUAUAUCCGAGGUAUAAGUUUGUUGACUGGCACAGAUUGGUCUAACAGAGAGGCUUUACAGAAUAUCCUGUUCCAGCAGGCUUCACCAGAUAGAUUCAUGGCUUCACAAGGAUCUCCAUACAUGAAUAACCUCAUGGACAUUGUGCAAUCCACAGAUGAUGGAAUGAAGCAAAAGAAUAUCAGACUGUCGCGACGAUUACCUACAUGGGCGUGGUACCUGUUGGCUAAAUCUUUAGGAAUUCCUUUACACGAAAAUGAAAAGCCGAUUCUAGCAACAUUUCUUCAUGUGAUAACUAUGAUCAUUGCUUUUCUGUACGCAGUUUGCGGAGCGUGGUACAAUGUGGCCGAUAUUUUGAGUGAAUACUCCAAAACAACUGUUUUAAUCGGAACUGUGGCCAUCAUGUUAGGAAUAGCUUGGAUAACUAUGGGGAUCUACGCCCACAAACUGGCCCGAAGACUCUUCAGCAAUAAGAAUUUUGUAGAAAGUGUUCGCAUGCAUUCCAAGACCUUCAUGAAAGUCAGCACCGUUGGUUUGCUGAUUCUAUUGAGCUACUCCAUUAUUGGGAUUUAUAGCUAUGACGCCUAUGACAGAUUUGUCCUUAACAGCACGGCCUGUUCUAAUGCCAACACCUUUCCAGAGAUUUGCUUAGUGAUGUAUGGAGCCAUGCUGACGUAUUCUCUGGUCUGCGUAACAUGGAAUAUUUUAGUUGGCUGUGUUUUGUUGUCUGUUUGCCGCACGCACACUGUCAGUUUAAGACGGUUCAUGAGAGAGCUGUCUCUAGAUGGCAAGGUCUAUGAAAUGAAUCUAUCAAACGAGAGCCAGGAAUUUCAGGAUCCACAUGCACCAGACAUAGCUAAUCUGGAAAAACUCUGUCAAUAUGAUGAUGAUUGGUUUGCUUGGGAUGAUCAAUUGAAUCAAGAUCAUAAAAGCAAUGAGGUGACAUCCCAGCACAUAUUUCUGGAGAGUAUCCAAGGCUCAGAGCCCAGUAAUACCUAUACCCCUUCCAGGAGAGCUUCUGACACCUCCAUGUUUUCCCGGAGGAACACUGAUAUAUCCCAGCCUGAUCUGUCCAGAAGAGGAUCAACAGGGAUUAUGAGAACUCCGAGAACUUUGAGACCCAACUCUUUCUCACGCCAAAACUCCACCUUGGAUGAUAUUGUUGAGGGCUUUCAAGAGGCGAAUUUGAAAGAGGAAAACAAAGAUAAUGACUCCAGCCCAGAAUCAGAUCACAUGCCCAUAACCGAAGAAACUCAAACAGAGGGAGCCUUUGAUCCUCCAAAGGAUGAGCAGCCUCCUUACGAAGAGUCUGAAGCUUCUGAUGAUGACCCUGAGAAAUCUCCUUCAGCUCCUUUUCAUUCUCCACAGAUUAUGCCCAAUGCCAAUCUCUUAUUCUCCUAUUGGAAGUUAAGUCAAAGGUUGACAGUAACUUCAAGGUACCUCCAAAGAUGGCUGUCGAGUUGGAUUGCCUUCAUAGUAAUUUGGUGUGGAGACUACAUCGUGUAUUGGACAACCCAUGGCGCCACUCUUCCAGGAAUCUUACAAUUUAUUCUUCCAUUGUUCCUGCUAUUGAUCAUCACUUCUGCUUAUGCUGAGGUCAAUUCUGAGGGGCAAAGACUCUUGAGGUGUAUAUGCCCUACAGAAGAAAGAAUAUCAAUACUAUUCUUCAUGUAUCAGCAGCCAAUACAGAUGCAAGUCUUUAGUUUUGCUGUCUCAUAUAAUGCCUUAUUAGGAGUGAUCCUGGCUUUCUCUGUGGCCUUUUCAUCCAGAAUUAUUUUGGAUGAAGCUUUGAAGUAAACUCCACUGGAAACUUUCGCCCCAAUAUUAAAAAGUAUUUGAUCAUUUGAAAUAUUUUUCAAAGAGCUACAAAUUGUUUGGUGAUUGGGCUAGUAUGUGUCAUUUUGUGCAAUAUAGAUCCAUGGCUUUAAAUGGCUUUUUAUAAAAACCACUCUGUGAUGAGUUUUUGGCUUUUGAACCAAGCCACAUAUUUUGAUGAUUGAAUAUACUCAGAAGUAAUGCAAUAUAAUACAAAAGCUUGCCUUGAAGAUAUAUGUAUGUAUAUCAUGUUUGACUGUUGUAUUUGUGUUGUUAUGUAUAUAUCUUGUGUUGUUAUGUAUGUAUAUUGUGUUGUUAUGUAUAUAUUGUGUUGUUAUGAAUAUAUUGUGUUGUUAUGAAUAUAUUGUGUUGUUAUAUGUACAUUGUGUUGUUAAUGAUCCCAUAGUGCUUUGUAUUUUUGAUACUUGCAAUUUUUAUAUUGUGAUAUUAUAUUAUAUUCCACAUAAAGGUUAUAUUUUCUCCUAAAAAAUUAUGUUCUGAAAUGCUAUUAAAUCUUAUAUUCUUUGC